AACCAAUCAGCGGCUGUCUCUUUCGAGCGCCCAUCGGCCAAAAUGGCGGCGGCCGUUGGCGCCGAGUCCGGCUUGUAGUUCCAUUGCCUUACUCUCCGGUUGCAAAAUGUGAAAGGCGAAGGGGCUGGUAGAGGGGGACUGUAGGCGAUGAGUCGGCGAAGGAAACAUGGGGACAGCCCUGGCCUGAAGAACACGCCGCGCAAAGCGGCGGCGGCUGAGGAAUGCAGCUCGAUGGUCGAGCCAGGGAAGAGGCAGCUGAGGUCGGCCCGCGGCUCGAGGCCCCGCAGGGUCGGAGAGACGUCUCCCCGGCCCGUGCCGCAACAAGAGCAGCCUUCAGCAGCCGCUUCGUGCAGUAAAAGUACCCCCGAGGAAAGAUAUGAAACACCAAAGAGAGUCCUGAAAAUGGAUAUAUUGUCAUCUGCCUUCAGUUCUCCUAAUGAUCCAGAUGGACAGAAUGAUAUCUUCUGGGAUCAGAAUUCUCCAAUGACAAAACAGUUAGGUAAAGGAAGAAAAAAACAGAUUUACACCACAGAUAGUGAUGAAAUCUCACAUAUUGUUAAUCGUAUUGCUCCUCAGGAUGAAAAACCAACAACAAACUCCAUGCUAGGCAUGUGGAUUGGUGCAACUGCUAUUCCUUGUACUCCUAGUGUAGCAAAAGGAAAAUCAAGAGCAAAAAUCAGCUGCACAAAGUUAAAAACACAAAAUCGAGAGGAAGAACUUAUGAAAUUAGCUAAGCAAUUUGAUAAAAAUAUGGAAGAGCUAGAUGUGAUUCAAGAGCAAAACAAAAGAAAUCAUGGUUUUAUCCAGGCAAUUUCAGAAGCAGAGACUUUAAGUAAUUAUAAAGAUAAUAUGCAGAUGCAGUUAUUAUAUGAUACAGUUCCUGAAAUAGAUAAUUCUAUAAUAAAGAAGCCACUGAAAGAAAAUAUCAAAACACCUGUGGAAAAUGAUCAGAAAAACAGUCCGAAGCCAUUUGACCAAAAUGCUGAAGCAGCCUUUAAUGCCAUUUUUGAUGGCUCUACUCAGAAAUGUAGUGGACAGUUCAGCCAAGAUUUGUCGGAUGCUUUUUUGAAUCUGAGUAAUACCACCUUUGGAAAGAAAAGCACUUUAAAAGAGGAGAAAAUCAUUACGAAUGAAAGUCUGCCAGAUAAAACCCCAGGAUCACUUUUUUGUCAAGUAGACACUCCUGGAAUCACAAAAUCAUGUGUGACUUCUUAUACUGAGAAGCAAGAAGCUUUCCAUAAACCCCUUGACACAUUUACUACCAGCGAUUUUGAGGAUGAUUGGGAAAACUUACUAAGUAAUGAACCUUUCGCUAUGCAAAAUGUCAAAAUGUGUGAACUUUUCCCUGCUCCUAAAACAGCCCAGAUUGCUGAUCAAAAGGGAAUUUAUAAUUUUAACAAUAAAAAUGAUAAAAAUAAGUCCAGAAUGAAUACAAGUCUAGAUACCAGGUUAAAGGAUUCAAAAAUUUUACAGGAUCUCCCUUCAAAGACACAAAACAAGGAAUUAAUAGAUUUUGGAAAAUAUGGGUUUUCACUAAAUCCAAACGAUAAACCAAACAAAUUACCACCCACUGGAAAUAAAAUGAAAUUUGAGAAAUCUUUCAGUAAAACUGUUGUUCAAGACAAAAUUCAAGACUGUGCAGUUGCGUCUAACCGGACAGAAGAUAGGCACACUAAAUUUACUUCUAAUGUAAAUACUUCUGAAAAGUCAACUUUGAACAUGGGACAUUGUAAUGAACAAAAAAAUAAGUCCAUUUAUAAUCAGUCUUUUAAAGCACCUGCUAAUAUAGAUAAUUUUGGCUCUGCAACUUUGGGCAUUGAAAACAGUGUUUAUAAUCCAAACCAGACUAAUGCAUCAAAGUUAGGUUCGUUCUUUGAUGACUGGAAUGAUCCGUCAUUUGCCAAUGAAAUUGUCAAAGCAUGUCAUCAAUUAGAGAAUACCUGGGAAGGAGAUGAUGUAGAUGAUGAUUUAUUAUACCAAGCAUGUGAUGAUAUUGAAAGACUAACUCAGCAACAAGACAUUAGAAAGGACAGCAAGAUAUUAGAAAGUAAACUUGAGAUCAAUAAUAGUUCCAAACAUGGAGCCAGAAACAUGUUUACUACAUCUAAACAAGAAAGUCAAUCAGUGCAAUCAAAGCAUUUGAACCUGAGCAGCAUUUCAGGCAAUGUAUCUUUCACAAACAGCUCACAAUUAAAUAAACAAGUGAAAAUGGAAAAAGAAAUUUGUGGAAAUUCUCCAAGCUUUUUAGGUGCUACGACUAAUUUAAAAAUAUACUCUAAGAAUUCAGAUGGUCAGAUCAAUAGUCUACAUUAUUCCUGGAAUAACCCUGAUUUUCCAGUACAAGUGAGUAGUACUGAAUCAGUUCGUAUGGGAAAUUCAAGUUUGAAUGUGAAUUCAGACCACGGGAAUACAGAAACUGCUAUAUACACGAAGAAAUUAAGUACUCCGCUUUUAUCCUAUAGGUGCACAACAGAUGGAGCGAAGAGUGACCUUAACAGACCAGUUAAAUUUCCUAAGUACACAUUUACAAAGAUGAAAAAUUCUCAAGUUCUUUCCCAGUUUAAUCAAAAUUGUAUGUCAACCAGUAUUUCUGAUACCAAAAUUACACAGGGUUUAGAGAGAACUAAAACUGCCAGCCCAUUUUGUGGGAAGACUGUUCAACAGCAGUCUUUGGUGAAAUGUUCUGAAUCUUUGAAACAACCUUCCAGAGAGGAAGAAGAAAAAAAUAAAAAGUAUUCUCCUGAAGAAAUUCAAAGAAAAAGACAAGAAGCACUGGUUCGAAGAAUGGCCAAAGCACAGGCCUCAUCUGUAAAGGCAGCUCCCACUUAACUUGAUUUCUUUUAUGAAAUAUUAGUUGGAAGACAAAGACAGUUAAUAGCUAUCUAUGAUAGGAAAUAUUUUUUCUUGAUUUCUCUGUGAGAAGUUUAAUGCUGACUUAUUAAGCAUGGACUUUUUUUUUUUUAAUGGACUUCUGUUUUAUUUAAUAAAUCAAUGUUUGCAAUAGUCAAUGAAAUCUUUCCUUGGAGAGGUAUGUGGAAAUAAUUACAUGUAAGUUUUGAAAAUUCAGGAGAGUUAGCAAUUAUGUUAUAGAAUUAUAAGAGUAAAGUAGUAUAUUUUUAAAUAUUGUGGGUCAUCCAAAGAUAGGUAAUCUACUAAUUUUUUAUUAUAAUAACAAAGCUUCAACUCAUUAAAUAAGUAUUUUUUUAUAGUUUUACUUUCAAUAACUUUUUAAGCUUUUUAUAUACUUCUGAAUCUUAAAAAUACUUUCAUAUUCUUAGGAACUUGGUUGGUGGGAAAUAAAGGACUUUAAUUUAUUUGUAAGGAAAUUACUAUUUUCAGUUCCUAGUCUGAAAUAGAUCUUAAUUUUAGUUUUCUAAAACAUAAUGUAUUUUGGAAACCUUCCACUAUUUUCAGGGAAAAUGCUGAUUUAAGAAGUUUGGGGGGGAAAAAAAGACUAGCUAUAUAAAUAAUAUAGUACUAUUAACAUUUAGAACUGUCAGAACCUUUAGAUGUCAUUGGGUCCAACUUCUUUAUUGUAUGGAUGAGAAAUGAAUACUGUUAUUCUGGAAGUCACAAGGCAAAUUAAAGCUAUGCUGGGAUUAGAAUGAUUUCUUUUAUUCUAAUGAACACCUAAACAAUUAUACCAUUAUACUUUCAAGUAUUAAUUAAUAUACAAAAUAAUUUUGUAGGAGCAUUAAUUAUUUCAUAGUAUAAAACUAAAAAGAAAAAUAGUAACUCAAAGUACAUUAAGGACUGUUUAAUAAUAAUGCUCAUUGUUUCUUGUAUUAAAGAAUUCAUUCCAGAAUAUAAAAGUGAGAAUCUUUCUCUUUUUAGUUUACCUAUAACUAUUUAAUUUUCCCUUAACUAUUUUUCUGACUUUACUAAUUUGUUCAUCUCUAUUACCUUAUUUUUUCCUUUAUGUCUGUUUAGAAUUCACUAAGCCAGAAAAAUCAAAGCAGAGGUCAGAAGACAAUAAGGAUGCUUUAUUUGUCUUAAAUGGCUUUGGGAGACUUGAUGAAAGGUGUACAUGUGAAACACCUAUUAGUGUAUUCACCACUAUUCAGGUGUCUUAGAACUAUGAUAAUAUCAAAAUAAUUAAAUGCAUUUUAAGCUAUAGCUAUAUAGAGACAUAUCAUUCUGAAAAUUAUAUUUUCAUAUAUACAGUAGAGUAACACAUUCUUCCUUAAGGUAUUAUUGGAAACAGUAGAGAUUAGUGGCCCUUCAGUGAACACACAGAGGGCUAUGUAGAUCAUUUCUCUAGGCUGGCUUUUUCCAAUUUUUAGGAAAUCUGUUUCUACAGAGAAGAGCCAGCUGGUAGGCCUAACAGCUGUAUUCCAGAUCAAGCUCGACUGCUGUUUAUGCAUCUAAGGUUGGUCAUGGAAAAACUGACAUUAAUAAUGCCAUGAUCGCAGGAAAGUCCACUGCACAAUAGAGCCCAUCUAUCACUACUCUUUCUUGCUGCAGACAGGCAACCCUGAUCCCAGGAAAACUUGGGUUGCUUAUUACACAGUCGAGUGUAUGCAGGCAUAUAUCACACCUGGGGAAACAGCGCUUAUAUCAUACUCUUAUCAUUAACUUAUACAUUCCUGAGAACAGUGGCACCUUAUUUAUCUCUGUCUACCCAAUACUGAUAUUCAAUUGUUACUUAUCAAAUAUUUUAUGAAUUUAGAUAUAUUCUGAUGGCAGAGUUCUGCCUCCCCAUACUUAAAGCAGUUUGACUCUGAUUCCCUGAGCUAUUCAGAAUUAGGAAAUGUUUCUAGGAACAAUUUAAAUUUAGCCCAAUACUGAUUAGUGUAAGUGACAAUUUAUCGAAAGUCUAACCAUGAUCUUCAAUUCUUGCCACAAUGAGAUGAUCAGAAUCACUUGUGGGACUCAAAAACAAAACAACAAACAUGUGUUGUUGUGCCUUCUUUAGACUUCAUAAAUGAGUACAUCUAGGGAUAGAUUUCAGAUAUAUGUGCUUUUAGGGCACCUGGGUGGCUCAGUGGGUUAAGCCUCUGCCUUCAGCUCAGGUCAUGGUCCCAGGAUCCUGGGAUCGAGUCCCACAUUGGGCUCUCUGCUCGGCAGGGAGCCUGCUUCUUCCUCUCUUUCAGUCUGCCUCUCUGCCUACUUGUGAUCUCUGUCUGUCAAAUAAAUAAAUAAAAUCUUUAAAAAAAAAAAGAUUUCAGAUAUAUGUACUUUUAAAGUUCAUUAGCUAAUAGCCACCAGGGUUGAAAAAAAAAUGUAAUUGCUAAACUUCUGUAAGUUGCUAAAUGCUUUAUUUACCAUGAAUGAUUUUAAGAAAUUACUAUAACUAAUUUGCUUCUCGAAACUAUGUAAAUAACACUUUUGCCGCCAUUUUACAAAAAAACUGAAAUAAGCAUAUUAAGUGACAUUCUCAGGGUCACACAGAAAGUAGUUGGAGCUAGAGUUUGAACCCAAACAGUCUAAUUUCAAAACUGCGAUCUUAACUGUUAAGAAUACUAUUAUUCUUGGAAACUAUUUAUAAAAAUCACUUGUCUGUGGAAGUUAUAUGUUCAGGAAAGAAUUGCUACAUUUCAGGCAAGUGUGACAAAAAACCCCACUAGAAUUCUAUAGCUUAACUCUAGCUCAGGAAAAUUUUUUUACAGUCCUAGUUGCUGUUACAAAUGACUCCUAUACUGUAUGUAUACAUGAGCAGGUGGGUAUGUACUGAUUAUAUGAGUCCACACAGAGAUCUUUUUCAUUCAACCACUAAACAAAAGCAUAGAGAAAUACAUAAAAUGUAUAGCUAUUUAAAAUGUCUUCAUUUUACUUCACUGUUUAGUAAUUUCUGGGUGUUCUGGUUUUAAAUCUAUUAUGGAAAGCUUAAUUGCCUAGUCUAAGAUGAAAUGGCAUACCUCAAGCUGCUAGUAAAACUCUGAUCCAAGUAAUAAAAUCGAGGCUUCUGGUUAGAUUCAUACUAUAUAGAAGAGUGGUAUUCUGCAUUUAAUUUGUUACAAUAUGUUAUUGUUAAAUCCAAGUUCACACAGAUUGCAGUUGGGAAAAGGAAAAGUAUUUUAAUAGUAUUUUCAGAUAAUUACAAAUACUCUUUUCUGAUAUUACAAAAAACUCAAGAAGUGGUAGUUUCUUAAAAGAUAGCUCAAACUUCUGUUUCCAGCAAAGAUGGAAUAAUGACCGCAUAUACCCUUCUUGCUGAAAGAACCAAAUUAACAAACUACAUGGAAAAGUGGAUUUCAGGAUGACCUGAGAAUGAAGAAAUAAAGGGAGCCCUAUGAUUUUCCCAGCUUACCGCCUUGAGGGAGUUUCCAGACCAUGAUGCAAGAAGGAAUUGAGGAAGAGUCCAAUAGACCUCAUGAGUGAGAAAAUGGAGCCGAGAGUCUAGAGAGACUAAGAUAGCUAGAGUUCACAGGACAGAGUACCUGUGAGAAGAGAAGACUGAAUGCCAGAGAUCUGCAGAUGAUCCCUCUUGAUAAUUAAAUUCACUACUGAUUAGCACAUUUAUGUGAGGAAGUGGAGGCUGAAGAAAGACAUCCAGAGGAAUUGGAGCAAACAUUGUCUGGUGCUCACAAGCAUCUAGUAAUAAUGCCGGUUCUCAACUAAGGUCACUGGGUAGUAACUCACCUGAGUAGUAGGGAAUGAUUUGCCCUAGGUUGCACUGCUCUGGGCCCACCCAACGAAUCAUAAAAGGAAGGUCAAAAAGGAUCAAACCACUCCCAGAUACUGCAUGCUAGAGCAAAGCAUAAAAAUACUUACAGGAAAAAAACAAAUGCCCAGCACCUAUGAGAAAAUUAACAAUGACUGCACUCUAAUUAAAAAUAACUAGGCAUGCAAAGAAGCAAAAACACAAUCUAAAAUAAGAAUAAAUUGAAACAAA